GCAGGGUUGAGUCACAGUCUGGGAGAGGCUCCCUGCAGUGGACUAAUAGACUACGAGACUGAUUCAUAUUGGUGGCAUACAAAGAGAAGGUAUGAAUGCCUUCCGUCCACUGUUGACAAGCUCUAGCAUUUCUCCCAACUCGUUGCGCAUUGCAAACUUUCCAAGGGUGGUCUCGCCUGCUCGUCUGUUGCGAUUCAAGGACCCCUCCUUCUGCACAUUGAACCCCACCUCUGCCUCGACUCCUCGUCGUUUGCUUGCUAUUACACCUGCAAAAAGUUCCAACCGCGGCCUCGCCUCUGUGUCUCCCACUCACCCACUUCUCCAGAACGGCACACUCACCAUGGCGACCGGAAUCGACGAGCUCGUUAAGCUCACCUCCAGCCUCUCCCUUGACACCAUCCGCGAAAAGUUCCCCAAUUGCUACCCCGAGACGAACCCCGUCGACGUUUACCGGGCGCACCUGACAAACGUGCUCCACGAGGUCACGGGCGUCGACCCAAAGAUCAUCUACCCCGCGAUACAAUGGACCCAAGGUCUCGACAAGGGCGACUUGAUCGUCGCGGCGCCCGCCCUCCGCGUUCGGGGCAAGAAGCCAGAUGAGCUCGUCAAGGAGUGGGAGGAGAAGUUCCCUGCAGACGAUCCCCUGGUCGAGAAGCCAGUCAUCACAGGAUACUUCAUGUCCUUCUUCUUCAAGCCUCAGCCUCUCGCGAAAGCCGUCGUGCCAAUGAUCCGGUCCCUUGGAAAGGACUUUGGAAAGAACCCAGCCCAGGGUCUGCGUGACCCCAAGAACCCCAAUGAGCGGAAACGCAUCAUCGUCGAGUUCUCCUCCCCUAACAUCGCCAAGCCGUUCCAUGCUGGCCAUCUGCGGAGUACAAUCAUCGGAGGUUUCAUCGCGAACCUGUACGAGGGCGCCGGCUGGGACGUGAUCCGGAUCAACUACCUCGGCGACUGGGGGAAACAGUACGGAAUGCUGGCUCUGGGUUUCGAGCGGUACGGUGAUGAGGAGGCACUGAACAAGGAUCCAAUCAACCACCUGUUCAACAUCUACGUCAAGAUCAACCAGGAGAUCAAGGACGAGGAAGAUAAGAUCAAGGAGCUGAAGGCCGCAGGCAAGGAGGACGAGGCGGCCGAGCUCCAGAAGACCAGCUCAGACGAGCAGGCGCGCCAAUAUUUCAAGAAGAUGGUGGAAGGGGACGAGAAGGCAUUGGCACAAUGGCGACGGUUCAGAGACCUCAGCAUUGUCCGAUACCAGAAGACUUAUGCCCGGCUGAACAUCCACUACGACAGCUAUUCAGGCGAAAGCCAGGUGUCUGAGGCGGCCAUGGAGGAGGCCGCGAAGCGAUUGGAGGAGAUGGGUAUCUCGACCGAGUCGGACGGCGCCAAGAUUGUCGACUUCGCGAGCCUUAUCCCAGGCAAGGAGGGCAAGCGUCUUGAGCGCCCUAUCAUCCGGAAGCGGGACGGCACCGCGCUUUACUUGACCCGGGAUAUCAGCGAGCUGCUCGGCCGGUAUGAGAAGUACAAGUUCGACCAGAUGAUCUAUGUUGCCGCCUCGCAACAAGACCUACACUUCAAGCAGCUUUUCAAGAUCACAGAGCUCAGUGGCCACAAGGAUAUCGCGGACAAGUGCCAACACAUCAACUUUGGAAUGGUCCUGGGAAUGAGCACCCGCAAGGGAACAGUCAAGUUCUUGGACGAUAUCCUUCGGGAUGUUGGUGACAAGAUGCACGAGGUCAUGAAGAAGAACGACGACAAGUACUCCCAAGUCGAAAACCCUGAAGCCACAGCCGAUACCCUGGGAAUAAGCAGUGUGAUGAUCCAGGACAUGACUGGCAAGAGGAUCAACAACUACACAUUCAACAUGGAGACCAUGACGUCCUUCGAGGGUGACACAGGCCCAUAUCUCCAAUACGCCCACGCCCGUCUUUGCUCGAUCGAGCGCAAGGCGGCAAUCCCUGCUGACGAGCUCGAGAAGGCGGAUCUUUCGCUGCUUACGGAGGCUCAUGCCAUCAACCUGGUCCGAGUUCUGAGUCAAUGGCCUGACGCGGUACAGAACACACUGAAGACGCUCGAGCCGACGACAGUAGUCAUCUACCUCUUCAAGCUGACACACGUGCUCAGCUCCUCGUACGACCACCUCAAGAUUGUGGGGAGUGAGCCGGAGUUGCAAAAGGCCCGCAUGGCUCUGUACGAUGCCGCUCGACAUGUUAUUGCCAACGGCAUGCGCCUGCUGGGUCUUUCCCCAGUGGAGCGAAUGUAGGUGGCUGGUUUGUGUUAUGAGGUGCCAAGCAGCUGGAAAAAGCGCGUGUUGAAGUAGAUUCCCCUGAUUCUUGGGCAUCAAGGUUGUAGUAUGGCAUUGUUCUAAGCAGAUGCACAAAUCGAUCCCGGAUUUCGGAUCGAGUUCGGUCGGUUCGAACCCGUUUCGAUUACUCUAGUACUCCAGCGACGUGGGUGACGCCCACGGACAACAAACCUUUUUUCUCGUCUUAUGUCCUGCCAUUGGGUAAUUGCCGGCGCUCCGGGCCGCCGAGACCGGCGCUUUGGGAAUGUCAAGACCGAAGUGCACCGACACUGUUCUGCUGUUCCACGGGGUCUAGCCGUGUGCCUUGAUCCCCGGCUUGCACCCUUGUUUCACUGUCCACAGCGCCACUUUGACGCGUUGAGGUACGGCAAUAUCCAGGUGCCUCAAUGACGACCACAUACUAAGAGCCUGAAACUUCUGCUCGAGACUCCAGAAGUAUUGCUUAGCCAUCCACGAUAGUAGCACGCAAUGUAGAUUGUGGAAAUAUCUACUCUUGUAUAUAUCCGAUUUCCUUGUG